UAAAAAGCCGUCAUUUCUCACUGUAAAUCACAGUUUCGUCGAAUCAAACUGAGACAAACAACAGGAAAGAUGAAAACAACAAUUUGAUUCUUCUCAUGCUGGGACUUGGCAUCAAUGGGAAGAAUGAUGUUGUUUCUGUGUCCUGGCCAAAGCGGCACCUUCGUUGGCCGCAGUACGUCGUUCAAUUGAUGAUCUGACAAGCGGUUUCGUCGACUCAAACUGAGGCAAACAACAGGAAAGAUGAAAACAACAAUUUUGAUUCUUCUCGUGCUGGGACUUGGCAUCAAUGCAAAAUCCCUGGAGGAAAGAAAAGCGGACGACUCUGCUAAGAAAUGGGGCAACUAUGACUCUGCUAAGACAUGGGGCAAGUACGACCAACAAGACAACCAUGACUCUGCUAAGACAUGGGGCAACUACGACCAACAAGACAGCCAUGACUCUGCUAAGACAUGGGGCAAAUACGACCAACAAGACAACCAUGACUCUGCUAAGACAUGGGGCAACUACGACCAACAAGACAACCAUGACUCCGCUAAGACAUGGGGCAACUACGACCAACAAGACAACCAUGACUCUGCUAAGACAUGGGGCAACUACGACCAACAAGACAACCAUGACUCUGCUAAGACAUGGGGCAAAUAUGACCAACAAGACAACCAUGACUCUGCUAAGACAUGGGGCAACUACGACCAACAAGACAACCAUGACUCUGCUAAGACAUGGGGCAACUACGACCAAAAAGACAACCAUGAUCCUGCUAAGACAUGGGGCAACUACGACCAACAAGAUAAUCAUGAUUCUGCUAAGACAUGGGGCAACUACGACCAACAAGACAACCAUGACUCUGCUAAGACAUGGGGCAACUACGACCAAAAAGACAACCAUGAUUCUGCUAAGACGUGGGGCAACUACGACCAACAAGACAACUAUGACUCAGCUAAGACAUGGGGAAACUACGACCAAAAAGACAACCAUGAUUCUGCUAAGACAUGGGGCAACUACGACCAACAAGACAACCAUGAUUCUGCUAAGAAAUGGGGCAACUACGACCAACAAGACAACUACGACUCUGCUAAGAAAUGGGGCAACUACGACGAACAAGACAACUAUGACUCUGCUAAGAAAUGGGGCAACUAUGAUUCUGCUAAGAAAUGGGGCAACUACGACCAACAAGACAACCAUGACUCUGCUAAGACAUGGGGCAACUACGACCAACAAGACAACUAUGACUCUGCUAAGACAUGGGGCAACUAUGACUCUGCUAAGACAUGGGGCAACUACGACCAACAAGACAACUAUGACUCGGGCAUGAAAUGGGGCAACUAUGACUCUGCUAAGAAAUGGGGCAACUAUGAUUCUGCUAAGACUUGGGGCAACUACGACCAACAAGACAAUGAAAACGAUCAGUGAAAAUUAAAUUAAACAGCUACGUUACUUGAAGACGAACGGAACCGGCAAAACAUACAUAUUUCUUUUCUUCAUAGAUUAAAGGCUAGCCUUAUUACUCAGAAUAUAAUACUACAUUGCAUUCAA